GACCGGAACGCAUCACAGCACCCAACAAUCUGCUGCCAUUUCCACACGACCCGUGCCGGCCCUCCUGCAUCGUAGGGAGUUUCUAGUCCGACGUGCACGCAUAUUUCCACAAUGGCCACCCCGCUGCAAUUUAACCCGGCAAAAGAACAAGCCAUCGCUGACGUUCUCUCGCAACCUCGCGCCGCCAACACAGGCCCGUUCGCACAAUUCCAAAAUGUAUACGACGCAUUCCUAGAGCGGAGAGAAGCAUUGGGGCUCAGCAACCCUGGCACCGUCGAGAACAUUGCGAGAGAAGUGCAGCGCGAUGUUUUCCUGAACAACUCGAGCUUUUCUGGCCUGCGCGCCGAGCUCACAAAGGCCUUCAGCGCAGCCCCGCUAUUCCAGGUUGCGCAUUCGCUAUCUAUGGGAUCUCAGGUUAUGCCGCCAUACUCUUAUAUGGUUCUCUAUGGAUCACCAAGAGUUUUUAUGCAAGGAAACCUCGACAACGAGCUCGCCUUCUCCGGACGCUUCAACUGGCGCUGGACGUCAGCAUUCGUCACCAAGACAGCUGUCCAGCUCACGUCCCAAGGGAACAUGGUCUCGUUCGAGAACGACUACACAGGUGCAGAUUUCUCCGCUUCGCUCAAGGCCGUCAACCCCUCCAUACUUGACGGUGGCAUUACUGGUAUGCUCAUGGCAAGCUAUCUUCAGGCCGUCACACCAAAGCUAUCGCUCGGCAUUGACGCUUUCUGGACACGUCCGGCCAUGGCCUACCCACCCGAGCUCAACGUUUCGUAUGCCGCCCGCUACAGGGCUGUUGACUGGAUGGCCUGUGGUCAGAUUAUUCCGGACCGGGGUGUAUUAGAGGCUUCAUACUGGCGCAGACUCACAGACAAGGUGGAGACAGGUAUCAACUGCAACCUCGCAUUUGCUGGAAUUGGACCUGGCGGACCCAUGGCUGGCCCACAGAAGGAGGGCAAUGUUACGAUUGGUGCCAAAUACGACUUCCGCCAGUCGUCAUUCAGGGCGCAAAUCGACAACCAGGGCAAGGUGUCGUGUUUGCUGGAGAAGAUGAUUGCGCCGCCGAUCCGCGUAACCUUCUCUGGAGAAAUCGACCACAAGCAGAACGCCGCCAAGCUCGGUCUGGCUGUCGCAAUAGAAGCCGCCGACGAGGCUGUCAUGGAACAGCAAGAACAACAGGGCGCCGCAAUGUCAGCCGGCUCAAUUCCCUUUUAAACGCCUCUCCACACCCAUGUACCGACUAUAAUACCAUGACUCUUCUCUUUGCUGUAUUACCACGUUUUCUUGGAGCGAGCGCAAUCUGCGAAUGUCUCCAUGCCACCACUCGCGGAUUGGGUACGGUUAUGCAAGCGCACCGCUUGAGUGACAGUUUGUUACAGCAUCUCACUGGCGCACGGUUCGCAUCUGAUGUCUAUGAGCAUUUGGUAGACCGGGACACGGCGGAUUACGUUUGUGCGCCAGAUGAGUACGAAUCUAGACGCUGUAUUUGUAAGUAUUGUUACAUAGCCGACAGGCAUGAAGAAAAGAAUAAAUGUACAGAGAAACUUCAUCACUAUGCUGAAGUUAUGGUCUCAAUAACGUGACGCAAUACAUAAUCGUGGAGUCGAGAAAUAUAGUACAGAUCAUUACGGC